CCCAGCUAUCGUAAUAUCCUGUUAACUGGGUACGUUCUUCGGGGACACGCCAUAAAUGAGGAGCCAUAUGUCAAUUGCAAGACAUGCUACCACGAAAGCGGAGAACAAAGAAGGUUUGGCACGCGAAGGUGCACCGCAGUAUGGAGGCAUAUAAAAGAUUCAAGUUCGACGAAUGUGUGCGUCGACGAAUGUAAAGCUACCGUGAUUGGAAUGGUGCUUUCUGCAAUGGCAUAUGGAGCUCACGUGUCGCUGUUCUUCAGCAUAGCACGACUUUACCUGAAGCCCGCGACUCAGCAUCGCUAUGGUCGUUCGCUGCUCCUGUAUAUCUGUCCAUCCUUUGUUUUGGCUACAGCCGGCAUCGCGUCGCAGUUACGUCUGCAGUACGCGAUGUUUUUUGACGGUUCGGUGUGUCUUCAUGGCGUAGCUGUGUAUCUGCAUGAGCAAUGUCAAAGUCCGCUCACUAUUGUCACCACGGUGAUGUAUCUUCUCCUGAAUUGGACGUCUGCUGGACUGCUGCUCUAUCGGUUCUACGUGAUAUUCAACAAGAGCAUUAUUGCUCUGACUGUAGCAAUCAUUUCCAUCUUGGCUCUUAUCCUUGUCGCCUCAACACAUAUGCGAGACCUUGCCUGCAUCACUUCGGAUCUCUGGACUGACACACCCAUGGGAGCCGGCAUUGCCUGCAUAGCUCUCUCCCUCGCCCUACACAUCCUGUUGACAUUCGCGAUCGUCGUGCGCAUCCUCGACAUACGCCGAAUGAUCAUACGGUAUUCUACCAAACGACAUGGGAAGCUUUACAUAUCUAUCGUCACAGUACUCAUCGAGUCGGAGUUGCUGUAUACCAUCGUGGCGAUAUUCGCCUUGGUUGUCUUUGCUGUCAAAAGUCCCAUUCAGACCGCAUUACUUCCACUACUGGGUCAGAUGCAAGCGAUUCCUGCUUUGAUGAUCACCCUGAGAGCACUUGAGGGCCGUUUUAUAUUGGAAGAAACAGUCAAGAUGACGUCCAUGCAAUUUCAAGAUGGUGAUCUUGAGAAAGCACUGUCUAAGGACGAUGAUCAUUGCUGGGAUUCCAACACAACGUACGCAUACCCAAGCACUGUGGACGACGAUGAUCUCUCGAAAUCUCCUCUGUCGCCGAAUGGAAUUGGUUGUCAUAUGAAUAAUGUGACCCUGCCACAGCUGCCGGAUCGCCCUUACCUUGAACCGCCAAGGAAGAAGCAUCAACCUUUGCCAUUGUAUCGAUGAACUGCCCAUUGUAUCAGUGGCGUCUCAACCAGACUAAGCCAACAAGCUAGGCCGAGCUGUUUCUUGCGCUCAACUGACCUGAGACGCGGGUGGACAUCAAGCCGGCAGCUCGAGAAGAUGAUGUCUCUUCCAGUGGACCGUUUCGAUGACGCUCACUUGCAUGGCUUGCACAGAGCUAGGCAUGUUUUGCGUGAUGGUUAUGGUCCACUGAUGCAUUUGGAUGGCAGGACGGUCGUGCUCAUUGGACGUUGUUGGAACUAGUACCGUAUAGUCUGCUCAGCUGGCCCAUUGCUUAUGUCGAAGAAGUUAGUAUACUUUGCAUUGUAUAGCAGUGCAACACCGCCGCUUCUGACAGACGUUGGAUUUCUUUUUGAGAGCAAGGAAAAGUUGUCUGAGCAUGUCUAGAUUAUUAUUAAAUCAGCCAAUCAAACGUUCCCUCAGGCUGC